AUGAUCAAGUAAUCACAUUCCACGUAUGCUGUUAUAUGUUUAGUGGCAUUCUCUCAAGGAGUAAUUAACCUAUCAGAAUUGGCCAUAUCAUACUUAUUGAAAGAGGAUUAUGGAAUGAAUCCCACAGAAAUGACAUACAUAUAAGGUAUUAUCAGUAUACCUUGGGUAAUUAAACCUAUUUGGGGUCUCUGUACAGAUUUACUACCAAUUUACAAUUACCGAAGAAAGAGCUACCUUUUUAUAUUUGGAUUAAUGGGAUUUGUGUUAUUUUAUGCUCUCUCCAUAUAUGGAACAAAAGAUGCAGUAGCAGGUGUCUCUAUUUUAUUGAGCAUUCAAAUUUGUAUAGCAUUUUGUAAUGUUGUUGCAGGUAUUACUAUUUUUCAAUGAAGAGGCUUUAUUAGUUGAGAUCUCAACUGGAAAUGAUAGUUCAACCAACAAUGUCAGUUUAUUUUUUGGAUUUAAAGCUUUUGGAACUCUUAUGACUAGCUAUCUUAGUGGUUAUUCAUUAAAAUAUUUACAGAAAUAAUAAAGUAAGGAUAAUAUAUAUUUUAGUUUUUAGGAUAACUUCAAUAUUUCCUUUGAUAAUUGCUGGAGCUUCACUAUUUUUGAAUGAGGGUUAACAUAAAGAUACUGAUAUUAAGAAGUAAUUAUAAGAAUUACAUUAAUUUCUGAAUAUCAAAGCUAUAUACAAACCAAUUGUGUUUAUAUUUUGCUUUAUGUUGUAACCAUCAACUUCAACAGCUAUGUUUUAUUUUUAAACUGUUUAUUUGCAUUAUACAGCAGAAUUUUUGGGUAAGAUUAAGUUUCUAUUUGCUUUGGCUAAUAUCACAGCUGUGAGUAUAUUUAACAGAUAUCUAAAAAACUUUUCAUUCAAAUCAGUUUUCUUUGUUACAACAUUAACUUAUAGUGUUGUAAAUGCCUUACAAAUAAUAUAAGUAACAAGGAAAAAUGUGGAAUUAGGAAUAAAAGAUGAAGUAUUUUCACUAUGUGAUACAUUGUUAAUGUAAUUGAUAGCUGAAUUGAAUAUGCUUCCUAUUUUAGUUUUGGCAUGCAAGAUUUGUCCAUCUAAAAUAGAAGGUACUAUGUAUGCAUUAUUGAUGUCAACAAUAAAUUUAGGAUAAUUGGUAGCUAGAUAGAUUGGAGGGAUAUUGAUGUAUUUUUUAAGUAUAAUAUUUGUUUGUUAAUAUAUAAUAGAUAUAAAUGAAUAAUCAUUUGAAAAUUUGUGGAUAAUGAUAACAAUGACUAGUGUAUAUAUUUUGAUAUUGUUACCAUUUUUAUCAACAAUAAAAGAGAAAGAGAUGAUUGAAUCAAAAGAUUUAUAUAAUAAAUAAGAUAUAGAUGAAUUUGAUAUUGUUGGAAAAGGAUACUAGAGAUUAAGUUUGUCAUUUGUGGAUAGUUGAUAAUUUUUAUAUUACUAAAUUAAUAAUGUUUAAAUAGGCACAUUCCACUAAUUUACUUAUAGAGAUGGUUGAGCGAGUUGAUGAUGAUAAAUUCUUGGAUCGUAAACUUGAAUAGGAAUGCGAUAGUUUCAAUGAUAAAAUAGGUAUUGAAUCUAAAUAUAUAUAUAUAUUUCAGAUACAAGAAGUCUAAUUUUGAAGGCUAUAGAUAUUUUUGGAAAACAAAAAGUAAGUGAUGAUGCAAGGAUAAUAGAAAUUACAGGAGAGAAACAACCAUAAUCAAUUCCAAAUAUAGUAAAAAAUUAAAAAUAUAGCAUAAUUACAUUCAUUCCUAUUGUGCUAUUUGAUUAAUUUAGGUACUUUUUCAAUUUGUUUUUCCUUUUAAUCACUCUAUCUCAAUUUAUAGAACCCUUAAAAGUAGGAUUCCUAUUUUCUUAUGUGGCUCCACUUGUAUUUGUAAGCAUUAUUGAUUUUAUCAAAGGUCCUCACUCUUACUUUAAUUAAAGAAGCUUAUGAUGAUUUUAAAAGAUUUCUAAGAGAUAGGGAAGCCAAUUCAUAAUUGUAUAGUAAAGUUUUAUAGAAUGAUGUGAUUUCAAUUAAAUCAUCUUAAUUAAGAGUAGGAGAUAUUAUAGAAGUACAUGCAAAUUAAAGAGUACCAGCUGAUUGUGUAUUGUUAAGGACUUCAGAAAAGAGUGGGACAGUAUUCAUUAGAACAGAUUAAUUAGAUGGAGAAACAGAUUGGAAAUUAAGAAGUGCAUUAAAAUUAACUUAAAUUGGAUAGUUUUUUGGUAGUACUUUGAUUGUAGAGGCUCCAAAAUUAGAUAUUUAUGAUUUUAAAGGAAGAAUUAAAAUAGAUGAAGACAAAGAAUCUGUAUCAAUUGAUAAUACUUUAUGGGCAAAUACUUAUGUAGCAGCUGGUAAAGUGACAUGUGUUGUCAUUUAUACAGGUAGAGAAUGUAGAUCAUAAAUGAAUUAAAGAAAAAGUAGAUUAAAAAUGGGUAGAUUGGAUUAAGAAUUAAACUUUUUAUCUAAAGUAUUGUUUGGUUUCAUGUGUAUAUUAGCAGGUGGUAUUUUGAUACUAACACCUGAUAAUGAUGUCUUAAUUAACUUAUUAUAAUUUUUUAGAUAUGUGUUGUUAUUAUCAAGUAUAAUACCAAUCUCACUAAGAGUUAAUCUUGAUUUCUCUAAAUUAGUAUUUUCAAUGAAGAUUAAUUCUGAUAAAGAUAUAGCUGGAGCUAUGGCUAGGAAUUCUUAAAUUCCUGAAGAAUUAGGAAGAGUACAUUAUAUACUUAGUGAUAAAACUGGUACUUUAACAUAAAAUUGUAUGACAUUUAAAAAAUUAGCAUUGGAAAGUAAUACAUAUACAACUAAAGAUUUAAAUGUGGUUAAUAAAAUAUUAAAAAGAUAAUUUUCAGCUAAUCCUGUUCCAUUACAUGAUAUUAUUACUGGUAAAACAAAGAGAAAUUCAAGAAGAAAUAAAGAUAUAGUACUUAGAGAUUUAAUAUAAUGUUUAUCUUUAUGUCAUAAUGUUACUCCUAUAAUAGAAGAUGGAAUUAGAUCAUUUUAGGCAAGUAGUCCUGAUGAAAUAGCAUUAGUUUAAAUAAGUGAAUAAAUGGGUAUUUAAUUGAUUUCAAGAAAUUCUGAAUAAAUGGUUAUUUAAACACCAAAUAAGAUUGAAACAUUUAAAAUUAUAUAUGAAUUUCCAUUUAGUAGUGAAAGAAAAAGAAUGGGAAUUAUUGUUCAAUCAGAUUCAAUAGAUGGAUACUUUUUUUAUCUUAAAGGAGCUGAUUAAAUUAUUAAGAAUAAAGUACCAGAAGUUUAAAGAGGAUUUCUAAUGGAUGAAGCAGAAAUGUUAAGUAGAGAAGGUUUACGUACACUUGUUAUGACAUAAAAAUAUAUAACAUCAGAAGAAUUUAAAAAAUGGUAAAUUGAUUAUGAGGAAGCAAAAUCAUCAAUGGAAGAUAGAGAAAUUAAAGUUAAUCAUGUUUUGGAAUAAUUAGAAUAAGGAAUGGAAUUUUUAGGGAUAUCUGGUGUGGAAGAUUUAUUAUAAGAAGAUAUUAAUCAUUGUAUAGAUUAAUUAAGAAAUGCAGGUAUUAAAAUUUGGAUGUUGACUGGAGAUAAAGUAGAAACAGCAUAAUGUAUAGGUAUAUCUGCUGGACUUAAAACUCCAUAAUAAGAAAUGUUUACUAUUAAAGAAGCUGAUUCUUUAAAUCUUUAAAAUCUUUUGAAUUAAUUUUCAUCUAAACAUAAUUCUAUCUUAGUAAUUGAUGGAGUUUCUUUGACUCUUGCUUUUAAUGAUCAUUUUGAUUAAUUUAUGUAUGUAACAAGUAGAGCACCUUGUGUUAUAUGUUGUAGAUGUUCACCUACCUAAAAAGCUUAGGUUGUUGAAGCUAUUAAGAAAAAUACUAAUUAGGUUACUUUAGCUAUAGGAGAUGGAGGAAAUGAUGUUUCUAUGAUAUAGGCAGCAGAUGUAGGAAUUGGAAUAGUUGGAAAAGAAGGAAAAUAAGCAGCAUUAGCCAGCGAUUUUUCAAUAAUGAAAUUUAAAGAUUUAUCUACUCUUUUAUUAUGGCAUGGAAGAUUGGCUUAUAAAAGAUCAUCUGUAAUGGCUUAAUUUGUUAUGCAUAGAGGAUUAGUAAUAUCUAUUAUUUAGGCAAUAUUUAGUUUUUUAUUUUAUGGAAUUGCUAUACCUAUAUAUAAUGGAUAUUUAAUGUUAGGAUAUGCAACUGUAUUUACAGUAUUACCAGUAUUUUCAUUGAUUUUUGAUGAAGACAUCACAAAGAAUAAAGCAUUAGAAUUUGCUGAACUCUAUAAAUCUUUAUAGAAAGGAAGAGAAGUAACUACUAAAACCUUUUUAAUUUGGUUAUGGAAAAGUAUCUAUUAAGGCACUGUUAUUAUGGCUUUAUCAUUUUUAUGUUUUUAGAAUACUUUUUUGUAACUUGUAACAGUUACAUUUACAGCUCUAAUUGUAAUUGAAUUACUAAAUGUAAUUACAGAAUUAAAGACAUUUAAAUUUAUUACUUUAAUCAGUUAAUUUAUCUCAAUUAGUUUAUAUUUAUGCUGCAUAUAUUUUAUGCGUGAUAUCAUCAAUUUAAGUGAAAUUACAGUCAAUUUUGUUAUAAAUGUUGGAUUACUAGUCCUAGCUAGUUGGUUACCUUUGCAUUUAGUUGAAAAGGCAAUUCAUAAGUACUAUCCUUCUGAAGCAGAUAAAAUAAUGGAAAAAAUUAAACAUUGA